UGCAACGCGAACCAGCGCGUCCUAGUCCAUCCCAGGCGCGUUUCGCUCCCAUUUUAUAUCUGAUGUUUUGACCCUCUUUCUGCUCCUCGUCUUCUCACCGUCCAACCUUCAUCACUCUGCUGCCUGCGUCUCUACGGUAACUGGGAGAUUACUCUGUCGACUCUCAAGGCCUUUAAAAGAGCACUGCUGUGCGGUCCUUCGCUUUUGUCCUCGACAACUCCUUUCCAACCCCUCCCCCAUCUUCACCAUUGGAAUACAGCAGGAAGACAAGUUUAGUUCACCAACAUGUUCGUCAUCAAGCGAGACGGACGCAAGGAACGCGUACAGUUCGACAAAAUCACUGCUCGAGUCUCCAGACUGUGCUAUGGCCUUGAUCCAGACCACGUUGAUGCAGCAGCCAUCACACAGAAGGUCAUCUCUGGUGUCUAUCAGGGCGUGACCACCGUCGAACUCGACAACCUCGCAGCGGAGACUGCAGCAUAUAUGACAGUCACUCAUCCCGACUAUGCAGUCCUCGCAGCACGUAUCGCUGUUUCAAACCUCCACAAACAGACCAAGAAGCAAUUUUCCUCCGUGGUCUCGGACCUCUACCACUAUGUCAAUCCGAAAAAUCAGAAACCCUCCCCGAUGAUCUCCAAGGAGACCUACGAAUGUGUCAUGAGACACGCUGAUGAGUUCAACUCUGCAAUUGUCUACGACCGAGACUUCAACUACCAAUAUUUUGGUUUCAAGACGCUGGAGAGAUCAUACCUGCUCAAGAUUGGCAAUCAAGUUGCUGAACGGCCCCAACACAUGCUUAUGCGUGUGGCAGUGGGUAUUCACAGCGACGAUAUUGAAAAGGCCAUCGAGACGUACAAUCUCAUGUCCCAGAAGUGCUUUACCCACGCUUCGCCCACCCUUUUCAACGCCGGAACCCCUCAACCUCAACUGUCCUCCUGUUUCUUGAUUGACAUGAAAGAAGACAGCAUCGAGGGAAUAUAUGACACCCUCAAGACUUGUGCCAUGAUCUCCAAGACAGCUGGAGGUAUUGGUCUCAAUGCCCAUUGCAUUCGUGCCACAGGAUCCUACAUUGCAGGCACCAAUGGCACCUCCAACGGGCUUAUCCCCAUGCUUCGCGUCUUCAAUAAUACUGCUCGCUACGUCGAUCAGGGUGGCAAUAAGCGCCCAGGUGCUUUUGCCAUCUACCUCGAGCCAUGGCACGCAGACGUGUUCGACUUUUUGAACCUGAGAAAGAACCACGGCAAGGAAGAGGUUAGAGCACGCGACUUGUUCUACGCCAUGUGGACUCCUGACUUGUUCAUGGAACGUGUCGAGAAGAACCAAGAAUGGACUCUCUUCUGUCCUCAUGAGGCACCUGGCCUUGCCGACGUCUAUGGUGACGAGUUCAACGCUCUAUACGAGAGAUAUGAGAAGGAGGGCCGUGGUCGCCAGACUGUAAAGGCUCAGAAACUAUGGUAUGCUAUCCUCGAGGCACAGACCGAAACUGGGACGCCCUAUAUGCUCUACAAGGACGCCUGCAAUAGAAAGAGCAACCAGAAGAACUUGGGGACCAUCCGAAGCUCCAAUCUUUGCACUGAGAUUGUCGAAUACACGGCUCCCGAUGAGGUCGCUGUGUGCAAUCUGGCCUCCCUGGCUCUCCCGACAUUCGUCGACCAAGCUCGAGGUGAAUAUGACUUCGGUCGUCUUCAUGAGGUCACUCAGGUUGUGACUCGCAACCUAAACAAGAUUAUCGAUAUCAACUACUACCCUGUCCCUGAAGCGAAGAAGAGCAACUUCCGACACCGACCCGUCGGUCUCGGAGUUCAAGGUCUCGCCGACGCCUUCCUUGCGCUGCGUCUUCCUUUCGACUCUCCCGAGGCCAGGCAAUUGAAUAUCCAAAUCUUCGAGACCAUCUACCAUGCUGCUCUCACUGCUUCUUGUGAACUGGCAAAGGAGCAGGGAACAUAUGAAACAUACGAAGGCAGCCCAGUGUCGCAAGGCAUUCUUCAAUACGACAUGUGGAAUGUCACUCCCUCAGACUUGUGGGAUUGGGACGCCUUGAAAGCCGAGAUUGCCAAACAUGGUAUUCGCAACUCUCUCCUUGUUGCUCCCAUGCCCACUGCCUCGACUUCUCAAAUCCUCGGCAACAACGAAUGCUUCGAACCGUACACAUCUAAUAUCUACUCUCGCCGUGUCCUUGCCGGUGAGUUCCAGGUUGUCAAUCCCUGGCUGCUGAAGGAUCUCGUCGACUUGGGCCUAUGGUCCGACAAUAUGAAGAAUCGGAUCAUCGCCGAAGGCGGCUCGAUCCAAAACAUCCCCAACGUUCCUGCGGACAUCAAAGCUCUAUACAAGACCGUAUGGGAAAUCAGCCAGCGGACCGUCCUGCAAAUGGCAGCGGACCGUGGUGCCUUCAUUGACCAGUCCCAGUCUCUCAACAUUCACUUGAAGGAACCAACCAUGGGCAAGAUCACGAGCAUGCACUUUGCAGGCUGGAAAAUGGGUCUCAAGACCGGCAUGUACUACCUGCGCACGAUGGCGGCCACACAACCUAUUCAAUUCACUGUCGACCAAGAACAGCUGAAGGUUGCAGACACAAACACGGCUCGAGAACGCUCUGCACCAAAGAAACGGACUUCUCUGGGUUUCGCAGCCAGCGUGAGCAACUACAACUCGAUCCCGAGACCGAUGUAUCAGUCCAAGACGAGCAGCUUUAAUGGAAGUGCUGGCCCAACCACUUCAAUGAAUGGAAUCCCAACCCCGACGUCGACACCUCCCCCAGGCAGUGAGAACAAGCAGGUUGGACUGAUGACUCACAAGCUUGCAAAGACCCAUCUUGGCGGAAGUGGCGAGUCCAGCGAGGAGCCAUCUCCGAAGGUGCUUCCAACAGACCCUGUCGGUCUGCCACCUGACACCAUAGCGGAUGAGAGCCUUGAGACCCGUAUGAGGGGCAAGCAGGAUGAGGACAAGGAGAGCGAGAGUGGAGAAAGAGAGGAGGAUAUUUACGCACAGAAAGUGCUUGCCUGCUCGAUUGAGAACAAGGAAGCCUGCUUGAUGUGCAGCGGUUAAGUUUCGCUUGAGAGGUUGGUGGACAAAAACCAUCAACCUGCCUGACUUCGCCACGCCUUGAAGCAUUUAUACAAUGAAGUUUCAGAACGGUCAGGCGGAGCGCGAGAGUGGGCCUGAAUGCAGCUGACCGGCCCAAAGGAAACAAUCAUCUCUUCCUCGGUCACGCGUUAUGGGUGGGUUUGUUUUGGAUCUCGCUGGUUGGGGGUUGGGUAAUGAACGGGCGCAAUCACGAUUGUAUAUGUAUUUUCCUUGUUGUCCUUUUGGCAGAGGAUCGGCAUCACCCAAGAAUACAGAGAGGUGUUUCUAGAAGCGAGUUUGUUUGGUACUCGUGGUGCGUGCACUGUGUGCACCGCGUGCAUGGUACGGUUAUAGUAUCACUAUGUCAACAUAUCACUUGCAUGUCCAUC